ACACAGGCAUUUUAAUGACAGUCAUUCUUAUCAACUUGAGUGAUGAAACAGACCUUUUUUUUUUUUGGUCAGUCACCUUUCUCCUCUUAUUCUGAUACUUUUGUACGUCUUUGAACGGAGUAUCGUGUAUAGUAUCAUGGCCUCUCAGUACAUAAGUAUACCAUCUGAGCUGGUUGGAACCUGGUCAACAAACAAUAACAUCACAUGUGGACCAGCCUUCAUCGACCCCGUUCUAGGAAACUUUUCUGUGCCGAGUAAUCCUGGUUCCAGCUUUUCAUUUUCUUCAGAUGGUUAUUUUGAGGAAGCGUAUUACACGAUCAAUGGAAACGCGUCGUAUCCUCAGUGUGUCACCAGUGUUCUACAGUGGCAACAUGGUUCCUUUAAUGUGACGACAAACCAUACUCUUAAUACAAAUCCAAUUGAAGCCGAUGGUCGAAUGAAUUUAACGAACCCGUGUAUGACUGGCGGGCAUUGGGAUGGAACGGCACAGUACUAUUACCAACCAGAGACUUAUGCGGGCUACACUAUAGAUGACUCUGGAAAGCUUACCCUAAUUCGAUUUGAUGGUCAGCCAUUGCGACCGAUGACUUUGAUGUCGAAAGAUCCUAUCAUGUGGCCGUUGACGUUGGACACGUCGAAGGCUUCCAGCAGCAGCAUCUCGAUGAGUCCAUACCCGACAUUGUUGUUGUUGUUGUUCGUAUUUUCGGUAUUGUUGUUUAUGUAAUUAAAUUCUAGCGAAUAUAUCACCAGCGUAUAGUACAGUUG